AUGGGUAAUCAAAUGGGUGGACGUGGAGGUAUUGGAGUAAAUCCAAAUAAUGGGAAUGGGAAUGGAAAUCGAUAUGGAAUGAACGGGAAUGGAAAUAGGAAUGGAAUGAAUGGAAAUGCGAAUGAUAUGAAUACAAAUGGAAUGAAUGGUAACGUAAACACUAUGAAUCGUCAAAAACGGAACAUAAACGGAUUUAGCAAACAUCGGAGGGCUGGACAGCAAGGUAAUGGAAUGGGUGACAAUAAAAUGGGUGGAAAUGGAAUGGGUGGCAAUGGUAUGCGCGGAAGAGGUGGCAGUGGUGGUGGAAUGUGUGGAAAUGGCAUGGGCAAUGGAUAUCAACUAGGAGGACAAGGAGGUAUGGGCAUGGGCCCCAAUGGAAUGGGCGGUAAUAGAAUGGGUGGCAAUGGAAUGGGACAAAAUGGAAUGGGACAAAAUGGAAGGAGACAAAAUGGAAUGGGACAAAAUGGAAUGGGACAAAAUGGAAUGGGACAAAAUGGAAUGGGACAAAAUGGAAUGGGACAAAAUGGAAUGGGACAAAAUGGAAUGGGACAAAAUGGAAGGAGGCAAAAUGGUAUGGGACAAAAUGGAAUGGGACAAUCUGGCAUGGGACAAAAUGGAAGGAGACAAAGUGGAAUGGGACAAAAUGGAAUGGGACAAAAUGGAAUGGGACAAAAUGGCAUGGGACAAAAUGGAAUGGGACAAAAUGGCAUGGGACAAAAUGGAAUGGGACGAUAUAGAACGGGCGGUAAUGGAAUGGGCGGUAAUGGAAUGGGUGGAAAUGGAAUGGGCGGUAAUGGAAUGGGUCAGAAUGGAAUGGGCGGUAAUGGAAUGGGUCGGAAUGGAAUGGGUCAAAUGAGUGGACGUGUAGGAAUGGGAAGUCAAUACUCUUCAUCCUCGAUCAACGGCCAGCCCUACGCAAUGCAGGCUGAAUGGAAUCAUGGACAGGGAUCAAAUGGCGUCAGUGUGGAAGGCAAAGUCUCCGUUGGUAAUACAAUCCAAGAAGAUGGCAGCACGACAAUGCCACGCAGAAGGACAAGUACUACCGAAUCAUCACUCUCUAAUUCCAAAUAA